UCCUUGUCAGGUUCUUCUUAUAUUCUCCCCCACCUUCGUCGCCGACAAACCACCACCUAAAUCGCUGCCAAGUGCUUGCUAACGUACGCACCUGACACAAACGGCAGAGAGAGUAAGUGAUGGUGAUGGAAUGGCAGAAGCAGCAGCAGCAGCAACAGCAGCGUUGGAUUCCGAACACGAACGCGAACCUCAUGACCGACGAGCAAGUCGAAACGCUGCGCAAGCAAAUCGCCGUUUACUCCACCAUCUGCGAGCAACUCAUUGACAUGCACAAAACGCUCUCAACUCACCAAGAUCUCGCUGGUGUUAGGCUGGGAGGUAUGUACUGUGACCCGUUGAUGGCUUCUGGUGGCCAUAAAAUAAGUUCAAGGCAGCGGUGGACGCCGACAGCGGUGCAGCUGCAGAUUCUGGAGCGAAUAUUUGAAGCUGGGACUGGAACUCCCAGCAAGGAGAAGAUCAAGGAGAUAACUGCUGAUCUCAGCCAGCACGGUCAAAUAUCUGAAACUAAUGUCUAUAAUUGGUUCCAGAACAGGCGUGCCAGGUCCAAGAGGAAACAGCAGAGCGUGUCGCAGCCGAGUGGUGCUAAUGCUGAAUCAGAAGUUGAGACUGAGGUUGACUCUAAGGACAAGAAGACUAAAUCGGGCGAGGUUGUUGUGCAGCCAACUGCUGAAAACAUGUGCUUCCAGAACCCUGAUGUGUGCCCUGAUUUGCAGUACUUGAGUCCAGAAUCAGAUGGCGGUCUAAGAUCCACCAGAGGAUUUGAUCAUGUUCCUUCUUUUGAUGGGAUGCUAUCAAGCUCAAGGAGUGGCUAUCUUACUGAAAAGAUGGAAGCACCUGAGAGCUACAACUUAUACCAGCCAGCAGGCGGUGACUACGACAUGUCAGGUUGACAUUCAGUGUGACUUCUACGACUGUGAUUAGCUGUAAAGAACUGGUACUGUGGUUUUGGGUUGGUGUUGAUGAGGAAACGAAUUGAACCAAUCUAGACAUGGGAACUUGCAAUUUAGAUGAUAUUAGAUUACAUAUAUAGUGACAUUUUCUAAUGCUAGUUGAACAUUUUACUUCAGAAUGGUAUAUACUUGUGAUUUGUGACUUGGUGCUGUGUGUUUGGUCUCUUUGGUUACUGUUAUGCCUUGGAUAUCUUUAACCAUUGGAUUAGUAUUUGGUAUUUUACUGGAAGAGAAGUGGUUACAAACUAAGAA